AUGAUGCCAAAACUCCCUUUUCGCAACAAAUGGGCGAUAGCCACGAUGUCUCUUGGCAAGCAUCCAUCGCAUACACUUGAGCGAAAGAUAGAAGCCACUGCCAGCUGCGGUUUCUCAGGCAUAGAGCUCGUGCAUACCGACCUCCUCCAUCAUGCCACGUCAAACGGUCUUUCUCCUCUGGAAUCUGCAAGAAAGAUCAAUAAUCUCUGCACAUCGCUGAGUCUUGAGAUUCUCAGCCUGAAUCCCCUGAAGAAUUUCGAAGGAAACCUUAGUACACCGUUGGAAGAACGACUGCGCGUUGCCAGCAACUGGAUCAACCUUGCUGUGGCAGCCGGUGCAAAGUUCGUCCAAGUACCAUCGCAGUUUCUCCAGCAAUCGACAAACGAUGAUGGUGUGAUCAUACCAGAGUUGCAAGCUUUGGCCGACCUUGCAGCCCAGAGUCGGGUCAGCAUCGCAUACGAACCAGUAGCCUUCGCUGCCUUUCACGCCCAAUGGCAAGAUGGCCUCCGUGUCGUCAAAAGUGUUGGCAGACCCAGCUCCAAACUCUGUCUCGACUCUUUCCAUAUCCAUAGUCGGCUGUGGGGCGACCCCUACGCUCAUACCGGUCAACUUCCAAACGGCGAGACAGAAAUCGCCGAAUCAAUGGCGCAAUUCCUCAAAGAAAACCCCAAGAAGCAUAUGUGCUACAUGCAACUUUCGGAUGGCUCUCGGUUUGACCCUCCUUUGACAGACGAUUCUCCCUUGUUCGAUGGCUUGGAGGUCAAAGAUGCCCGCUUGGCUUGGUCGCGGAGCGCUAGGACUUUCCCUGUGGAAGAGCCUGGCUACUUUCCUGUGGUCGAGAUUAUGAGGAAAUGGUUGGUGGAUUAUGGGUGGGACGGUUGGUUCUCUUUGGAAGGCUUUCUCAUAGAGAUGGAGUUGGAAGAAAGCGGCCCAGAAGCCGCGGCCGAGAGAGCAAGAGUUUCCAUACAGGCGUUCUAUGAGAAUGUGCAUUCAGCUGCUUAG